AUGGCAUCUCGCACGCAAAUUUUGAGAAUUUAUAAACAAUUAUUAAAAGAAUCGAGUAAAUUUUCUAGUUUUAUGUAUAGAACGUAUUCCCUGAGAAGAAUAAAAGAUGCCUUCAGAGAACAUAAAGAGGAAACUGAUAACGAAAAAAUUCAAGAUUUAGUCACUUAUGCAAAUAGUAAUUUAGAGAUAAUCAAACGUCAGGUAGUAAUCGGACAGUUGUUCCGAGGGCCAGAAAUUGUCAUCGAAAAGCAGCUGAAAUCAAACAAAGCACUGAAAAAUUAGGUCUUAAUUCAACUUAUGAUGCAAAAAAUUUACAUUUUGCUGCUUUUUUAAGCAUUUGAAUUCACGGAUGAAAAUGAAAUAGUUGU